UGUGUCCCUCCUCCCCGUGUGACAAGUUGCCGGGCACAUAUAAAGUGAGCCUGCAGCUGCAGGGCAGCAUCAGGGCACCUGGCCACCAUGUGGAUGCUGGAACCCCUGUCAUUUACUGUCAAGCUGCUGAGCGCCUUCCUGCAGCCCCUGGGCUCCCUGUGGAGCAGCCUGGGGGCCCUGUUCCCCCGGCUCAGGGCAGCAUUCUGGCUGGCAGGGGGCACGAAAAGCCAGCAGCAGCGGGACAGGAGAAAACCAAGGGAGACCAGCAGGGAAGACGAAGAGGACCGCGAUCUGCCCAUCACCCCCACCAGCGUUAACUAUCACUUCACCCGUCAGUGCAAUUACAAGUGUGGCUUCUGCUUCCACACGGCCAAAACGUCCUUCGUGCUGCCGCUGGCGGAGGCCAAGAGAGGCUUGCUGCUGCUGAAGGAAGCUGGUAUGGAAAAGAUCAACUUCUCCGGCGGAGAGCCAUUCCUCCAUGACCGGGGCGAAUACCUCGGCCAGCUGGUGAAGUUCUGCAAACAGGAGCUGCAACUACCCAGCGUGAGCAUAGUGAGCAAUGGAAGCCUGAUCCGGGAGAGAUGGUUCCAGAACUACGGGGAAUAUUUGGACAUCCUCGCCAUCUCCUGCGACAGCUUUGACGAGCAGGUCAAUGUCCUUAUUGGCCGUGGUCAAGGAAACAAGAACCACGUGGAAAAUCUCCAAAAACUGAGGACGUGGUGCAAGAAUUACAGAGUGGCCUUCAAGAUAAAUUCUGUCAUCAAUCGAUUCAACAUGGAUGAGGACAUGAAGGAACAGAUUAAAGCCCUGAACCCCAUCCGCUGGAAGGUCUUCCAGUGCCUCAUAAUCGAGGGUGAGAAUUCUGGAGAAGAUGCUCUGAGAGAAGCAGAACCGUUCGUGAUAAGUGAUGAAGAGUUUGAAGCCUUCUUGGACCGCCACAAAGACGUGCCCUGCCUGGUGCCCGAGUCUAAUCAGAAGAUGAGAGAUUCCUACCUUAUUCUGGAUGAAUAUAUGCGCUUCGUGAACUGCAGAAACGGGCGGAAGGAUCCUUCCACGUCCAUCCUGGAUGUUGGCGUAGAAGAAGCUAUAAAAUUCAGCGGCUUUGAUGAAAAGAUGUUUCUCAAGCGAGGAGGGAAAUACGUAUGGAGCAAGGCGGACCUGAAGCUGGACUGGUAAAGCUGAAGGCUGAACAACCUUCAGCGCAUCUGUGGGGACCGCCCUGGCACUCAGCGCGUGGCUGCCCUGCUGCCCGUGGGCACUGCCAGCGGCCCCAAAUUCGAUUUUCAGUCGCACGUGGGAUCUGAUUGCCUGUGGUAACUGAACAGAUAAAUAACUGGGAAAAUUGAAAUCCUUAGAACAUGCAAGACCAUUAACUUUAGUUAAUUAGCUUAUUAUGGAUUUAAUUUUUGAGUAGUAUUUACUGUGACUCCUAUAUUUCCAUUUUGAAGUUAUUUUUCUAGUCCUUUCAUUUGAUAGUUAUUUUCCCAUCUGGAAAAAUUACAAAUGAUCUCCCCCAAUUAUUUCUGCUUGCGGUGAGGCUCUUUCCUUUUCGGCCUUUAUAUCACUGCAAUCUUGGACUUUUUACCCAGAAGUUUAGAAACAGUCCAUACAUGUUUCAAAGAGUGAGAAAUGAUCAUCUUACCAGGCUUUGAUAAGUACCUAGAAGGAGAUAACUCAUCUCCCCGGGUGCUCUGCAUGGCCCUGACCCACGCUGACUAUUCCAGGAAUGUGAGUGAUCUCUGCGGCUCCCCUUUCUCUUCCAAGAUUCUUAACAAAACCAAGGUGUGCUUUAAAUUUAGUGAUGAAGUUGACAUGGGGUCAGGGCUUGGGUUGCUGUGUGAAUCUGCUGAGUCUGUCAAGCAACGACGUAUGAGUUUGUUUGCUUGGUUGUCCCCGUGUCCCUGAAAAGUGACACUUUCCUGGACUGGGAUGAACUCAUUUGCAAAAGCAUCAGGCAAAGGUGGAGCAAAGGGUGUGGCGAAGAGUGUAGGGUGCGCCAGGACUUUCUGUAAAUGAAGCUGUGGCACAAUAUAAUAUUUCCCAUUUAACUCUGAAUCACUUGAAAUAAGAAUGUAAUCGAGGUCAAUAUAGGAUCCAGAGCCUUCCUUUGCUAGGCUAAGAAAGAGCUUGAGGGAAAAUGUCACUUGAAUUGGGUCAAGGAACAAAAUCUUCUCCUCUUGGAAAUACCACAUGCAGUUUGUUCGUGCAACCCAGACGGUAUCCCAUUUCCUGGGAAAUAAUAAUUUCCUAUCAUUGUUUUACAAAAGCAAAAUCAUGGACAAUUUUUUGCUCAAGCGAAGAACUCUUGUAAUCCAGCUGCCGUUCCAGUGUUGGCCACUAGGUGGCAUUUAAAUGUUGCCUGAUUCCGUUACGCAGCCAUGCAGAAAUUCCGCUUCAGAAUCUUUUUUCAAGACUUGGUGAAUUUGAAAGUUUGGUUUAUGUGAUUUUUUUUUCUCAGAAAAGAUAUUCCUACUUCAAAUUUUAAAUCACUGUAAUUCAACUGAAAUACGUUUG